CUCUCCCACUCUCCUUCUCCCUCUCCAUUCUCUCCCCUCCAUUCCUCCCCUCCCCCACUUGCUACCUUGGGCUUAGGUUGCAGCAACAUCCAGCGCCUAUCAACCAGACGGCGAGGAAAUUUUAUCCUUCUCGCUGACUACCGCCCCCUGAGCGCCGCCCUCCUCUUCUCCACUCUACCGCCCCCCGUCCCCCCCUCCCCCCAGCCCGGAUCCAAAUCCGACGCGCAUUCGGUACAGUGACACUUCCUGGUCCAGUCCAACUUGCAACCUGUGGUCAUCGUCCACUGGAGACCUCAUCAACGCAUCAGCAUGCGGCCGGUUUAAUCCGACUCCCCUGUUUGCAGACAGAUAUGGAAGCGUCACAUCCACCCCCCGAGGGCAUUAUGCUUCCCCCCAGUCGCGCCGGCUCGACCGAUUCCCUCGACUCGGCCGCGUCCGCAGAACCCCCCCAAGAGGCGAAAUGCAGCGACAACGUCAUGAUCACCCUGUCUCUCACCCCGGGCCCUGUCCCGCCCGUCCAGACCCCGACUCGCCUCCCCUUCUCCCGCUCCCACUUUCGGUCGCGAUCCAUGAUCGAGGUCCCAGGCAUUCCCGCCAUGACGCGCGCUCACUCCUCGCCGGGGCUGGACUCGCGGGGGAGAUAUAUCUUCGUCAAUGGUCGCGGGGCUCCGACCACCCCCGCGGAUCCUGCGGCUAGGCGCUACUUGCCCUUGCAGGUAAAUACCGGGGACAGCCUCGAGCCCAGGAUGAUGCCCCUGAACGUGUCGGAAACCAUCGCAGAGCACGCGGAACUGGAUACCACAAUGGCCUCCCCUCCAUCCCACGCCGACUACCGCCCGGCCUCCCCCGUCUUCUCGCACACCCUCCCCCGGGCCGCGCGUCGACGGCCGUCGUCCCCCCUGCACUUCCAGCCGCCCAGCUCGUCCAGCCAGCCGAUGGGCAGUCCCUCCGCGCAUUCCUCCCCCGUGGUGCUCAAUACCAGAUUCAACGAAUCCUACCCGAGCUACUCGGCGUCCUCGACAUCCUCCAUCCCGUCGACACCCACGAGCCUUCGAUCCCGCAGCCCCAGCAUUUCGUCCCUGGAAACAAUCCCCGACAUCCCCGACGCGGAAGCCGCAGCCAUUGAAGCGGACCGGAUCGCGGCGUUGGAAGCCGCCGCAGACAAAGCGGAUGAAGCUGAGGCAGCUAGCGGUGGAAACCGCCGGCGCGGGGCGUCCGACUUGUCGGGGCCGGCCAACGGCCUGACGACCCUGCGACCCGGUGCAGGGGGCUAUGGGGCCCGAGCCGAUAAACGGAAGCGUUGGAGUGUCUGUGGAGCCGAGCGACGUCAGGAUCUGGAUCUGGAAACGAUCUGGGAAGACUGAUCGAUGCAGCGGUAUGGAUGGGCAUGAAGCAUCACCAUCUCCCCGUCAUCGCGUCGCGACCAACCAACUCGGCUUACACAUAAGGCACCAACACAAACACUAUACGCGUGGUUCACUGUAGCCAAUCAACCCCAUUUUGCGAAGGGGGAAAGAGAGAGUCCGAAUCAUAUGUUCUUCGUUGCACUUUGUCGCUCUGUAUCUGGCGUCCGCUCGGAAAUACCCACGUUUCUUUCUCCUGGUUUUUGUGUUCACUGCGAUGCGGUCAUUUGCCGUUAGAUCUUGCUCGGGAGAGAAUGAGGAUGGCGCAGGCUCGUCGAUACUCCCCAGUCAAGUUUCCUACCUACCUACAUAUCUUGGGUUUUCCGGCACGGCGCAUGGUGCUUUUGCUUGAUGCACGCACG